CCCAGCUGUCCCGUGGGAGCCGCCUGACAGUGCUCUGUAAAACUACAAGCUACAUAAACAGUUUGAUCUCCUUUAUUCGGCGUCUGCCUCACAUGCAAGUUCACAUCCAUGCGCGGAGGCACUCAUGUCACUGAUCAGUAUCGCCACAAACAUGCAAUAAAUGGCGAAAUACACGAUUAUGGACAAUUAUGGGCAACGUGAGCUUUAUUUCUGUCAUUAUUGCCUGAGCAUUUCACUUCAAAGUGAACGCGUGUAUCCGUGGUUAACUUUGAAAACCCAUUGAUUCGUGCAGCUACAGUUAAGUUGAAUGCUGUCUCUUGCAGUGCUCUCACAUUUACAUUGGGAACCCCCGAGCAUCUCCCGUUGGAGCAGCGGGGUUAAGUGCCUUGCUCACGGACAGUUAAAUGAGUUGGCUGACCGGUGAUCUAAAGAUCGGACAAGUGAGACAACCCCACCCACAUUUUUUUUCACCUCGCUCCUGUGGAUUCGAAUCGACAACUUUACCAUCACAGUUCCCGCUUGUUAAAAAAAAAAAAUAAUAAUAAUAAUAAUCAACAGCCACGCUGUGCGUAAAGAAACCGGGGAGAACCCCCGUGUGCCACCGAGUAACUUGGUUCUCCUUUAAAUUUCCUCCGUGACUGGGUACUACAUCUGCCACUACCAUCAGCAGCAGCAGCGCCGCUUCUUGAUGUUGUGGUAGGGAAUACGCAUGCGCCCGGCAUUGGAAUUACUGCACUGGCAAGAAUAAGUUGGACCUCGACUGUCUUGACUAAAAGAAGAAGAAGAAAAAAACACAUAACACAACUAUGGCAGUGUUCAGAAUAAGAAGAAUGAGGUGUUUUUGCGUCUGGAUGUUCCCUCUCGUAGUGGCUGUGGUGUGCGCCCAAAGUGCCGGUGACCCUAGCAAUAUGUCUUUGGUUAAAGAAACGGUGGAUAGACUGUUGAAAGGAUAUGAUAUACGAUUGAGGCCAGAUUUCGGAGGUCCUCCGGUUGGAGUGGGGAUGAAUAUAGACAUAGCCAGCAUUGACAUGGUAUCAGAAGUCAAUAUGGACUACACAUUGACGAUGUACUUCCAGCAGGCCUGGCGGGACAAGCGGCUGUCCUACUCUGAGAUCCCCCUCAACCUGACCUUAGAUAACCGGGUGGCUGACCAGCUCUGGGUCCCUGACACCUACUUCCUCAACGACAAGAAAUCGUUUGUCCACGGUGUCACAGUGAAAAAUAGAAUGAUCCGACUGCACCCGGAUGGUACCGUUCUGUACGGUCUGAGGAUCACUACCACCGCUGCUUGUAUGAUGGACCUGAGAAGGUAUCCACUGGAUGAGCAAAACUGCACACUUGAAAUAGAGAGCUAUGGUUACACUACAGAUGACAUUGAGUUCUACUGGCGAGGAGGAGACAAUGCCGUGACGGGGGUGGACAAGAUUGAACUGCCCCAGUUCUCCAUUGUGGAUCACAAACUCAUCUCCAAGAAUGUCGUAUUCUCCACAGGUUCCUACCCUCGUCUGUCCCUGAGUUUUAAGCUGAAGAGAAACAUUGGGUACUUCAUCCUGCAGACAUACAUGCCGUCUAUACUUAUCACCAUCCUCUCCUGGGUCUCCUUCUGGAUCAACUAUGAUGCCUCUGCUGCCAGAGUGGCUCUAGGCAUUACUACGGUGCUCACCAUGACUACCAUUAACACCCACUUGAGAGAAACCCUCCCAAAAAUCCCCUAUGUGAAAGCCAUAGACAUGUACCUCAUGGGCUGCUUCGUCUUUGUCUUCUUGGCUUUGUUGGAAUAUGCGCUAGUAAACUACAUCUUCUUUGGUCGGGGCCCUCAGCGUCAGAAAAAGGCAGCUGAGAAGAUAGCUACAGCCAACAAUGAAAAGAUGAGGAUGGAUCCAAACAAGUGGCUGGUGGGGAAUGUAGUUGGCCGAGAUGAUACUCUGUAUGCAAGAAUGAAACAAAGGGAUCUUGAUGGUCAUGACACGAUGUGGGAACCGAUCUUCGUGGAUGACGCAGCACUUGGGCUUGGCGAUCAAAAAAAUAAGAUGGACCCACAUGAAAACAUCCUUUUGGGAACCUUGGAUAUCAAGAACGACAUGGGCGUUUCAGAGCUGGCUCUGGGUCUCAAUGACCCACGAAAUACUAUGCUGACAUAUGACAGCUCAACUCUGCAGUACCGCAAAGCAGGACUGGCUAGGCACAACUUUGGCCGAAACACACUGGAGUGCCACAUGACUCAAAAGAAGAGCCGACUACGGAGGCGUGCGUCACAGCUAAAGAUCACCAUCCCAAAUUUGACUGAUGUAAACUCUAUUGACAAAUGGUCGAGGAUGAUCUUCCCAACUGUCUUUUCUUUCUUCAACAUUGUUUACUGGCUUUACUAUGUCAAUUAAAAGAGAAAGGACAUCAGUGAGGGCAAGAACAAACAGCA